UAAUGCCAGCUGCGUCUGCAGGCACUUAAAUGGCCUUGUCCUGCGCGUGUAAGCACCUCGGCAUGCAGCGAUCAUCUGGCAGCCACUCCCAACGUCUGAGCAGGUUCCUUCACUCAGCUACCAGCAUGGCGCAAAGAGAACCAAAGCGUCCUGACGAGCGAAUCGUCAUCAUUGGCGCGCGUAAGGUCGGCAAGACUCAUCUCCUGUUGUGGUUCCAGCGCGCAUUUUCAAAGCCAAACUUGAACACCGAUGAGCACACAUGGAUCGAGAGGCAGAUAGCGAAGUGCCUCGAGCACAACAGCACUAUUCAUCGGAACAUGCAGACACAUGCGGAAGUUUGGGCUGAUGUACCGCAUAACAUCGAGAUUUUUGAGGUCCCCAAUCUGACUUCGGAUAUCAGCAAAGAUCUAGCAAGACAGUGUACUCCCAGAACAGUGGUCUUGCUGUUAUACGAUCCUAGGCAGCCAUCCACGCUCACUCAAGUUUUGAACGGGUGGGAUGAACUCAAGAAGGCCUUGCCUGAUGAGGCCUCGUUCACGGAGCCCAUUCUUGUUGCUACCCACUCUGACCAGCAGGAUCAGUGGAGCGAUGAACACAAGGACCAGCUAGCCAAGUACCCGGCUAUCACCUACUUCAAGGUUUCUUUCAACACCGGCGAAGGUGUUCGAGAGCUUAUCGAUGAGGCAUUGCUGGCAAUAGCAUGGCCAGACAUUGCGAUGCAGCUCGACAAUGACACACACAACGGGAACGAGAGCCCGAAUACCACGACCGAUGAGAGACCGGAUACGCAGACGUCACAUGCUGAGCACGAUAUGGAGCCGCAGGCAGAGACGGCACCUGCUGACCACGACGAGGAUGCGCAGACGGAGGAUGAGAUGUUCGAGGAUCCGUGCAGCGAGAAGGUCAGGUACGAGCAGCCGCCCACGGCUUGGGCAGUGCUGGACUGUUGUGGUUGUCUAUCGAUCGUCUCCGGGAACUUGGUAGGCAGGUGGAAAGGGUGGAACGCGAGCGCGGCAUCUGGCCAAGUCGCUACGUCAUAGAGACUUCUGCGGGCAGAACACCACAACGACACAAUCAAUGCUGCAUUACCUAC